AGUUAGAACUCACAAGUGGCCAUUAAGCUCCGAUUUUUAUUGAGCAGUUUAAGCUGUUAAUCACAGAAAAGUUUCUUCAUUUUUCGAUCACCAUGGCUCUUGUUAUAAAUAGCUUCAUGCCAAAAACCAUGCUUCAAAUGCCCAUUAAUUCCAAGCCCUGCAGACUGGAAAAUAAGAUUGUCAUAAUAAGAUGUGCUGCAACGCCUAGAAGACGAGAGCUCAGUAGAGGGAACCCUCCGCAAACCAACCGGGUACUCAGAAGCAGUAACAGGAGUUUGAGAAGUGAUCAGGUCAGCCUCAGCAGUAGUUUGAACGGAGUAGAUGAGAAAACAAAUGGAGGAAAUGUUAUUGCUGAUGAAGUUAACAAUACAACCAAGACGACUGAUGCCACUGAUUAAUUAAUAAUGCAGGGCUAUUAGUUUGUUAAUUAAAUUAGCUACAGAUAUUAAUACCGCUGUUGUAAUAUGGUGGCUGGCGGUCUAGCAAAGCAUGGCUGAAUGUGAUUUGUUAGCUUAAUUGCGUACUUAUCAUACUUUCUUCUUGAACUUA